UCAGCUGAUAACUCCAAUAAACAAUAAAACUCACCUUCUCUCGUAAAAAUUUCGCAAUCCAGUUUGUCAAACCUUGAUGCUUCGUGUGUGUGUCGCGCAGAAAUUGGGACAGUAAUGUAAAAUUUUUAUCAAUUGCUGCAGUCAAGAUGUCUUGGAUCGAGCAAACUGACGAAUUUUUUCGUUCUCUCCGACUGUGGGACCUGAAAUUGGACGAAGCUUACCUGAAUUUUACACUUCCAGCGGAGGCAAAUGAGAUUUUUCUCUAUGGAUUGGCGGCGGAAUGCGACAAAUGUCCUUUUACGAAGCUGGCGAAGGUGACUUCGAACGCGAGUGUUGUGACGAUCGACACGGCGGAACGAAUGGAGUUUAAAAUUUUCACGGGAAAUCGAGGAAAAUACGUUUUUGAUAACGUAACGGAUUUUGUUUGUCACGAGAAGCCGAGUUUGGGGGAAUUUGGUGUGUAUGAUGUGAACGUCAGGGAGGAUGGAUGUAGCUUUGAGACAGCGUUGGAACCUGUGAAGCCAGUUUUGUCACUCAUUGUCGUUACGUUAAUAAUAAUCGCCUUUGCAUUCCUGUACAAACUUUCAAUCAAAGGUUAUCGUCUUCUCUCGACGCCGGAUGAAAGUUCACGCGAUACGGAGCUCAACCUCACCGCGCCUCAAAAGCCCCGUUUAAAGAGUCUCGACACAUUCCGCGGCAUCGCCAUCGUAAUAAUGAUUUUUGUGAAUUCGGGCGGCGGAGGCUUUCGGUGGAUCGAGCAUGCAACAUGGAACGGGCUUCAUAUCGCCGAUUUGGUCUUUCCGUGGUUCAUUUGGAUCAUGGGCGCGUGCAUUCCGAUGUCAGUUCGCUCGGCUCUGAAUCGAAAUGUCUCGAGAACGGGGAUUUUUUUGAACGUUUUGAGGCGUUCGGUGACUUUGUUCUGCAUCGGGGUCUGUUUGAACUCGAUAAAUGGACCUUUGCUUCAGGAUUUGCGAUUUUUCGGCGUUUUGCAGCGAUUUGGCGUCGCGUAUCUUGUUGUGACGGGACUUCAAGCGGUUUUUAUGAACCCAACGCCGGUCCAACCGCAAAAUCCAGUGAAAAGAGCUUUAUUUGACGUGUUUUUGCUGACACCGCAGUAUCUGGUCUCCGCGGGAAUUGUCAUUUUUUACCUCUGUUUGGUAUUUUUCCUGCCCGUGCCUGGAUGUGAGCGCGGAUAUUUCGGUCCCGGCGGCAAACACGAUUAUUUUUCGAAUCCUGCGUGCAUCGGAGGCGUCACCGGUUACAUCGAUCGUCUCGUUUUGGGCUUGUCGCACAUUUAUCAACACCCCACAGCGAAAAAGGUCUUCGAAUCGAGCGCUUUUGACCCAGAAGGCGUGUUUGGAUGCUUGCCAACUAUAAUUCAAACGAUUUUCGGAGCUCAAGCUGGAAUGAUUUUACUUUAUCACGCCGAAGCAGCUGCCAGACUCAAGCGAUGGCUCUCAUGGGGACUCAUUUUAGGCCUGAUUUCGGGAAUUUUAUGCGGUUUCAGCAAAAAUGACGGAGUAAUUCCCAUUAACAAGAACCUGUGGUCGCUUUCUUUCGUCCUGGCAACUUCGGGAUUGGCAUUUUUCUUGUUGGCAGCGUGUUUUUACCUGAUUGACGUGAAAAAAUGGUGGACCGAUGAAUGGAAUCCGUUUUUAUAUCCGGGCCAGAAUGCGAUUAUCAUGUAUGUUGGACAUACGAUCAUGCAUAAAAUGCUUCCGUGGCAUUGGAGAGUCACUUAUAUGAACACACAUUUCAUCCGGUUGUUGGAAAAUUCGUGGAAUACCGUUUUAUGGGUGUUAAUAGCAAUUUACUUGUAUAACAAAAAUAUUUUUUAUAGCGUAUAAAAAUUUUUUUACGACAUUUAUUAUCAAAAAUAUGGAAUUUUUUGACUUUUUUG